AGUAAGUAUUUAAAUAAAAAUUAUUAGUUUGAGAACUAUCAACACAUCUCCUAAACACCUGCAGAGUCCGCCAGUACAACAUGGGAAUAGUCUAGACGGAGUUACUCGUAGUAUUACGUUUCUUGUAUGGCGAAAUGCUGCGUUUGUCAAGCGAGAGGCUUCAGAGCACGUGUUGCUCCGUGUUGAAUGGACGAGUAUUCUCAACGAAGCAUUGUAGGUGGAUUUCACUGGCGUCAUUCCGCUUCCCAUGGCUCUCUAAUUUGAUUUCAACUGAGGUUGCCGACACGUCUUCCUCGGCUCUGCCUUCUUCUGUCAAGCCAUGGCAUAGUGCAAGUGAAGCCCUUGCUGUAAACUAUCCACACGUUCCACAAAUUGCUGCUCUGGAUUUCCCCAUCACUAAGCACGAGAGAUUUUACCCUGAUAUUUCGCAGGCCUUUGGAACGUGGGAUUACGACGUAGAGCUGUCAGCUCUCUGUGCCCGUUUACGAGUCCCGAAGGAGCAUCUGGAAACAGUCCGGUUGGCUUUGACCCAUCCAUCGUUUCUACUUGUGCUGCAACAAGAGAGAGCUGAUGAGGGGCUGGAGCAUGUUGAACAGACUGACUUGGACCAUUAUGGCCAACUGUCUUGCUAUGGUCGAUCAGCAUCUCGUAUGUUUCUAGUGGAGCACAUUCACCACCAUUAUCCCAACCUGGUCGCAGAGGGUAUCAAUGAACUUGCUAAUCAUCUUCUGCAGGAGUCACGUCUUGCGGCCAUUGUACAGCAUUUGGGCAUGGUGGACCUCAUUCAACGAACAACACAGAUUGCCAUAACUGCGGAUGAUACGGCAACGCUGACUGAUGUAUUCUAUGCCAUUGUUGGAGCUUUACUUCGAUGCGGGGAGCAAGUUGCUCAAGAAUUUGUGCGCGACUAUGUUAUAGCACAACUGCAAGAAGAGAACAUAGCCGAUGCAAUUAGAUUUGAGCACCCGAAACUAAUGCUGCGCCACCUUCUUCGUGAGCAGCACAAACCAGCGCCAAUUGCACGGUUGUUGAAUGAUGCCGGUCAUAAAACUGCACAUUCUGUCUACUACGUUGCUGUGUAUUGUGGUACAACAGCCAUCGGGAAAGGUUUUGGCCGGACGUUAGAAAGUGCGGAAGAGGAGGCAUGCCGUGAUGCCCUGAGACAGUUCUUCCUGACUGAGCUCACUUUCCCCAAGCACACGCCUAUUCAAGCGAUUUCUUCGUGUGCGUAAUCUUCACUCCGUCAUUUUAGUACUGAGUGCCCAAUAGAUAAUACUUGUUGAAGGUCGCGUGCGUGUGUGUCCGUGUGUGUGUGUGUGUGUGUGCGUGCGCGUGUUCGUGUCCUUUGUGGUGUAGUGGUACGUUUAUGUGCAGUUAAUUCCACUUGAGAGGAAGCUGGUUAAUUCCCGACGUUUGUGAUCCCACACACCUUUCUCUUUUUCA